GMCUAUUAUUUGAAGAUUUGUCUGAGUUUUUUUUCCACUUUGUGAAAAAAUGUCAAGUCUAAUGGAAAGUGAAAUUCAGGAGUGGCUAGCAACAGCCUUAAAACCCCAAAAUUUGUCCAAUUUCUCCGUAAAACUUGUGGGAAAUUCAGGCAAAGGCGAUGGUUACAUGGGUGAUAURAUUUUCGUGCAAGUCUCAACUCCUCACCAAAAACUCAAUCUAGUGUUAAAAUGCAGCAAAAAGUGCAAAACUCCUCAACAACACCAAAGUUUCGCCCGAAUUUUCCUCCACGAAAUGUUCCUCUACGAAACUCUCRUACCAACUUUCAUCAACUUCCAAAAAGAGAAAAAUUUGGGGGAAAUCUUCGACAGUGUGGCCAACUGUUACGGCAGUUACAAGAGCGAAACCACUCASGUGAUAGUUCUUGAAGAUUUGAAGAAAUUGGGGUACGAAAUGUGGCCAGUGAAGAAGCCCCUGAAUCGGGCACAUAUCGAGUGUGUUGUGCGAGAGUAUGGGAAAUUUCAUGCGACUUCAGUGGCCCUGAAAACGCUAAAACCUGAAAAGUUUCAAGAGAUUUUAACCUCGUUGGGGCGCACUUUAAGUGACAUUUUUGGGUCGCCUACAUUGCAAAGUAUUGUCACAAAAUGUGUGGGAAAAGGGAUUGGGCUACUUGAGGGUCAAAUGGAGGAGAAAAUCCUCACAAAAUUGAGGCUUUUGAGGGCGCAAAUCCCAGACUUAGUUCAGGAAUUUGAGGAAAAAGCACCCCUGAAAGUGGUGUGUCAUGGCGAUUGUUGGAACAAUAAUUUCAUGUACAAAUAUAACGAUGAUUUUCAUGUCCCGUCAAAAGUCGCCAUAAUCGACUGGCAGAUUGCCUCAUACGGAACACCAAUCUCC